UUGAAUAAUAAAAUUUUCUAAUGUUCCAUUCAGAUGAACCCUUAAUUAUAAUUCUGACUAUAAAUAUGAAACACUUCUUUUGUUUUGUUCUCAUUCAAAGAAAACAAAACAUAACAAUAUAAUUAAUAGUAAUUUGAUAUAGUAAACCAAAAAGAAGAACAAAGAUGCUAAGAACAAAGGUUGUUUCUUUCGUUUUAUUUGUGGCUCUCAUGCUAUGUAUAGGAUCCAACAAAAUAAACGGGAAAGAAAACAUUGCACCGUGGGUAUAUGAAUAUAAAUCGAUAUGUUGUAGAGAACAUCCGGACGUUGGAAGAUGUCUUCCAGGCAUCGAUGAUAAUCCUGACAAUGAUGGAAAAUGCUGGAAAUUUUGCGUUGAAGGGUGUGAGAGAGGAGGUUUUUGCAAACUUUUUGGAAAGAAACAUGUAUGCCAUUGCUAUUGUUCGGGGAAAUAGGCAUUAUGAUUUUCAUUUUAAUAGAGGUCUUAAUGUAUGGAAAAGACAACUACAAACAGCUAUUUCAUUGUUCUGAAAAUAGAAAAAGAAAAAUUACAA